UUGCCAAAAUUUGCCUAGAGAGAUUGAGACACCCCUAGAUUGCAAAUUACAAUCAGUAAAGAUGCUCCACAAGCCAAAACUGCUUCCGUCCUCUCAACUUCUUCAUCCCCCCAGCUUACCCCAAAUCAAAAACACUCCCAUUACUCCAUCUCCACCAAUCACAAAGCAAACCCAUCUCAAGCUCUCACGCAGAAACCUUGCUUUAUGUGCUAACUCUUCUUUACUUCUUCUCUUGGGUUCUCAAACACUCCAACCACUCGACCACAACAAGGCACUAGCAGAAGAAAUCCCACCAGAGGCAGAGACCAACACUAUUGAUGAGAAAUCAGAGAAAGAGAGCAGUGGCAACACAGGUUGCAUCAACAAAGUCUCAACAAAGAAAGCAUUUCUCGACAUAUCCAUCGAUGGGGACCCGGCAGGUCGGAUUGUCAUUGGGUUGUACGGAGACGAUGCCCCCGUGGGAACGGCAAGAUUCAGCAACCUCGUCAGUGGAGCUGCGGGGAUCACAUACAGACGGAAAGAGUUCGUGAAGAUCACGCCGAGCUAUGUACAACAUGGCGGGAUGAGAUCAUAUGGUGUGGAUGCUGAGAUAGCAAAUAGAACAGGCGGUGAUUUGACAAACCAGAGUUUGGUGCUAGAGUGGGAGAGAGAGAAUGGUAAAUGUCUGGGGACGAAGAACUUGGCUGGAACGAUAGGAAUAAUUGUGAGGGAUCCAUUGAAACCACCUCCAAAGGUGAAGCUGGUCGCGAGGAAGGGCAAGCUAGAGAUCGACCAAGAGGAGGUUGGAAUCGAGCCAAAUGGGACCGAAUUCGUGAUGUCCAUUAAGGACUCACCAGAACUUGAUGCUUCAGCUCUUGUGGUUGGCAGAGUUUUGGAGGGCAUGGAGGUUGUCAAGAGGAUAGGCCAGGUGAAAACUGUGCAAGAAAAUACCAGCUCUCCUUAUUUCAGGGUUGCCAAGCUGAUCGGAGAUAAACGGGCUGUUGUAGCAGAAAGAGGCUUCAACCGGCCAUACUCCAAGGUGCUAGUCACAAAUUGUGGUCUGCUGGAUUAAGGAACGCUACUAGCAAAAUUUUCAUCACCCGUAUUUUUUUUCACAGGAGAAAGUUCACUCAUGUAUAAGAACACUUUCUUUGCUAUUUAAAUAGCCGAAAAAUUUGAAAGCACAAAAAAUAGGUUAAGGUAAAGACGAGCACUCAAUUUGACUUUGGGCUAGACCAAGAAAGGACAUUCAGCCAGCGUUUCAUCUA